AUGAACCCUGCCAACAAUGUAGCUGAAUCUCUACGUCGUCUCGAAGAAGAGGUGGAGCAACGACAAAGUAUUCUACGUCUCAUCAACCUACCCGACAAGACGUCCGAGAAAAUCUACACCGACAAAGUCCGACUCCUAAAUGGACUUCAUGCCGUUGAACAACUGGAAUUACUCGGAAGCGAGUUGCUAGACAACUUUUCCAUCGAUCAGUUUGGCAGAAUUCAGGUUCACACCCCUGACUCGUUGUGCAAAAGCUUCGCGAAAGAGUUCAUACAUGUCAGAAAAGUAAGAGAAGCCCGGUCAAUCUUGAUGUCGCUUGUGAAGGAGCUCCUCCACGAUAUCAGGGAAAUCUGGCGUGCAGAAGGUCCCAGAUACCCCGAGCAUUUCCCGUGGUUCACGCUCUUAUGGGGUGUCCAGGAGCUUGGGAAUUCCGAACAUCCCAUCCCGGAGACCAUAUUGGAUAGCGCCGCAGAAAUUAAAUCAAGAGUGGGAGGAUCAGUGACAUUUGUCAUGCCUUUGGGUUACGCGACGUUGAUUGGCGAAGCAUAG